AUGAUGGUGGUGGACCCAAGAUUCUUUUCAUCUUACAAGGUGGAUCUAGCGAUUGUCCGAAACUCGUUAGCAGUUGCGGAUGGCAAUCUCAGCUGUGUCCUGGAUGUCAAUGGGAAUGUGAUCUUCAUAAUUAAGGACAAAAACUUUAGCCUUCAUGAUCGACAUAUCUUGCUUGAUGCAUCAGAAAUUCCUAUCUUAACAUUCCAGAAGAAGCACCGGAGCAUACAUAGAAGGUGGCAAGCUUUCAGAAGUGAUAGCACAAGUGCAAAAGAUUUGAUUUUUAGUACCAAAAAGAGGUCCGUGAUUCAACGAGUUACUGAACUCAGUGUGUUCCUAUCAGACAACAAAGAGGAAGUUGUUAGUGAUUAUAAGGUUGCCGGAGACUGGAAGAAAAGAUCCUGCACGGUUUACUCAUAUGAUGGAUCUACAAUCCUUGCCCAGAUGCAUGAUAAUAUUGACCCGUGCAUUGAGGCUGAUAAAGACACAUAUGGGAUAUCAGUGUCUCCAAAUGUUGAUUACGCGCUGGUUGUUGCUCUCAUGGUAAUUCUUUAUGAGGUUAACAAGGAUCGUAAGAAAAAGAAAAUCAAGGGAAAGAUGAAGGGCAGUGGUCGUAAUAGGGAGAUCAAAGAUGAUAAUGAUGAUAGUGAUGGUGAGAAGGAGGAAGAAGACGAGGACGGGGAUGAAGAUGAAGAUGAAGAAGAAGAAGAAGAUGAGGAAGAUGAGGAGGAGGAUGACAAUACAGAUUGA